AUGAGGCUAGCAGAAAAGAUCGUGGCAUCUGUCAAAGAGCAGGAAGCCAUAGCCAUAAUGGUUUUCUUGCAGGAAUGGGAUAGUGCCCACAAAGUUGCUCAAAGUUGCAUGCUGAACAGCUUCAUUAAAAGCAAGGCAGAGCCAGAGCUGGAGCUGGAGUUCCAGGGAGCCAGCUUGAUUCUGGCUCAACUAACAGUGUGGCUCAGGAUGAUGCGAAGAUGGGCUCCAAGGCAAGUGACACUUCUGGCCUUGUUCCCCCUAUUCUUGCAGCCCUGCAGCCACAGAUACCUUACUGAAUUUCUGGAGAACAGAAGUGUCUUGAUUCCUCUGGAAAUACUGGGGCUGAAUCACAUGAAAGAAGAGGACAAAAGAGAGUCUGUAAAGCUGCUGUUGCUCACUGGAGACACUGGCAGGGAGUGUGAGGAGCUCAUUUGUGAAAGCUGUGGUAUGCAGCAUGUCCAUUUGUGUUUUGUCCUGAUUCAGGCGAGGAUGUUCUCCCUGUCCUCUGGCCCCUCCAGGCGCAUCCAGGCACACAGGUUGGCAUCUCUUUCUCUGCACAAGGGUGCAAGGCCUCACCAAGUUCUUAAACGCCUCCAACUCAGCAGAAGAUCAAAAAGAUGCACAGAUUUGGGUCACAGCAAUCCCAAGUAUCAGAGCCAAGAUUCCCAAUGCCUCGUAGCUGUGCUAUUUUGUACCUUCCCCCAGGCCCAGCAAGGGGCUCUGCAGAUGCUCUGGGUCAUGCAGGAUAUGACGGGAGAGGUGCCCUGUGUGCUCAUGGAGCUCAUGCUAGGUGUCCUGUGUGUGUUCAGUACAUCUGGAGGUCCGGUACAAAGGCCCCCUCUAAGUAUUGGAAGGCCUCAAUAAGAUCUCUCCAGAGCCUUUUCCAGGUUCAACAACCCCAGCUCUAUCAGCCUAUCUUCACAGGAGAGAGGCUCCAGCCCUCUGACUAUCUUCAUAGCUUCUUCUGGAUUUGCUCCAACAGAUCCAUGUCUUUCCUGUAUUGGGGACCAGAGAGCUGGAUUCAGCAGUGAAAGGGCAGAAUUGCCUCCCCUGACCUGCUGCCCAGGAUGCAGUUGGCUUUCUCACUGUUGGCUCAUGUCCAGCUUUUCACCCCUAAGACCCCCCAAUUCCUUCUCAGCAGAGCUGCUCUCAGUGAGUUUUCCAGUCUGUGUUCUCCAGUUCUUCUCAUGUCUGGGAUUGUCCAGACCCAGAGGCAACACGGGGCACUUGGACUUGUUGAAAUUCAUGAGGUUCUUGUGCCCCGGAUGGCACCCUGUCCUUCAGGUGUGUCACCCACACCACUCACCUUGCAAACUGGCUGCGGGUGCACUCAACUCCCACUGUCUGUGUCCUUGAUAAAGAUACUAAAAGCUCCAGCCCCAAGACACAGCCCUGAGGCACCGCGUUUGUCACCUGUGUCCAUGUAGACAUAAUGUCAAUGGCCACAGCAUCCUGGCCGCGCCCGUCCAGCCAGUUGCUAUAAUCUACCCUUGAAAUUGGGACACAGACCCAUCGUGGAUGACCCAAUUACCAAGGUUUCCUACUUUUUACACGACCUCCCCGAUGACAGCUCUCUCCGCUGCCUAUGGACAACACCCAUACCCCGCAGGAAGUCUUUAUUUACUUCUAUUUUUCAACCAGAAAACAGAUAGCUCCACCGAAAUGGAGCCUCAAAAAAUUUCUCGACACUCGUGCCUGUUCCUCUCCACGGAAAUCUUUAGUAAAAGGCGAAAGAUUUAUACGAUCUGAAGAGAAACCAGAGUAUGCCUCCACUCUUCCUCGCACAUACGCCGUCCCUCAGCUGUCUCUCUCUAGAACACGGCGACUGUGUGGCGUCUCCAUCGGCUCUCCCGCCGCCCCGGCCUGUUCCCGUGGCAAGGACAUGGAUCCAGCCCGCGCCGGACGCAGCAGUCCCGGGGAACAGGGGCGGAAAGCGCGACCGGGGCCGCCCCGCCGACGCGCGAUGCACCCUGGGUAAGGCAAUAAAUCUGAAUACUAAUGUGGGAUAUGCUAAUGAACCCAGCGGUGCACAUCGAGCAUGCAAAUGCUUAUGACGCUAUCACGACACGCAGCCCAUGUGCGCGAGGGCUGUUGCGCUCCCUCGGCCCCGCCGCGGGACGCCGGGCCCUGGGCCCUGUCCGGAGGCGUUCGCGCGGUGACCCGCGGGGCAGG